AUGGCGGAGCGGGCGCUGGAUGAGGACAUGGCCUGGCAGAGAGGUGAGGAUGGAGGAAAGAGCCUGAGGACGCAGAGGUGGAACCAGACGUGUGUCAAACUGGCAACGCAGAGAGAGGCAAAGAAGUGGGUAAAGUCGGGACCGACAGUUUCAUCCAGAGCCUGUAAGAGUCAAACGUCUCCAGAAAACGCAGCGAGAGAAAGGAGUCGAGUUCGUAACCUCAGACAGGCCUUCCACAGCCUGCAGGCUGCUUUACCCUCCGUCCCGCCAGACACCAAGCUCUCCAAGUUGGACGUCCUGGUUCUGGCAACCAACUACAUCGCCCACCUGACCGAGACCCUGGACCAGGGUGGCAUGUUGGGUGACCAGAGCGUCUUGCAGAGAGUCGAGUACCUGCAUCCAGUGAAGAAAUGGCCGAUGCGUUCUCUUCUGUACUGUGGAAACAUCGGAGAGCGACUGACCGGAGCUCAGGUCAGCCAGGAGACGUCCAGUCCCACCAAAGCCGAAAGCAGACUCACAAACUGAGGAAAUAUCAACUGCUGGACAACACUGAAGCUUGUGCGGGAAUGGGCGUUUUAAAGCCACACACACAUACUCGAUAUUUCCACAUUAUUUACUUUUUAUUUUGAUAAUACACUAGAAGUACAUGAUUGUUUAUUAUGUUAUGCCACAUUUAUAUAUACAGUUGAAGUCAGA